UCCCUCUCUCCGUUUUUUUUUUUUUUGCAAAGGCGAGUCGAUGGCGAUCCGGUGGCCGCGUGCGCUCAACGCCGUUGUUGCUCCCCGUGGCGACACCUUCCUCCUCCUAGUGGCCCUCCUCUCCAUCGUGUCCCUUCUCACCCACGAGCUCUCUCGCCGCUCAGUCCUCGCCGCCGACUUCGAGGGAUUUGACUCGGACGAAUUCGAGGAGGCGGAAGAUAUCACCUACCACGAUGACCUCCCUCUAUCCGGAUCCGUUACGCCUCCCUCCACCUCGCUCUCGCAAUCCGCCUCCCCGGAGACCCACCACGGUCCCCCACCCGCUCCCAAUCCCCCUCCGGCUUCCGAUCUCUGGGACGAAGAUGAGUUUGAGGGUAUACCAGUCUCCGCCCCGCCUCCUGAUCUGACCUCUUCACCUGAAGGGGACCUCCCGUCUCCCUCUGUUCCCUCGCCUUCUCCUCAGCCUCUAUCCAUCAGAUCGUACAUCACGGAGAUCAUCUGCGUCAGCUUCCUGAUUUGUUUCUUAAUCAAUUAUUUCACCGGGAAGCGGGAGAACGAGAUCAUCGCCCUUGCCUGGGCCACAAAGUUUGCCACCAAAGACUCCAUCUUUGAGAAGAACUUCAGCCUCUUGGGCACCGGAGACGGAAAGGACACUCCUCUCCUAUUGAAGGAGGGACAGGACGUGUUCAAGUUCUAUGCCAGCGGUCGGAGAUACUGCCAGAGUUUGCUAGCCACGAUGGAAAUGCGGAGCCGGCAUGAUCUGAUCUCGAGGACGCUUGAUUUGGUGCUGUCGAAGAAAGAUGUGAUCACUUUUGAGGUGGUUAUGAAUGAAGAAGCGAUGGAUCACGUCGUCCUGGCAGUAGCAAGGAGGAAGUUGGCAAAGAAUAUGCACAAGGAAGAGAGGGACCUGCAAAGGUUUGCAAAUCCGGGGAUGAACCCAACGUCUGGAAGGAAGUGGUUGGCAGAUGAGCUAAUGGUGGUCACGGAAUCAAAAGAAGUCGCUGGAGAUCUGAUAACUGAUGCCGUUCUAGAUCAGGUCCUUGGCGAGAAGGCAUUUGAGAAGUUUGGGAAAUGGUUCAUCUCUCUGCAUUUCUCUGAUCAACGUCCAGGCACUCACAAGAGGAUUCUCACAUUCAAGUUUGCACUUCCAGAUGCUAAUAGCAUGUCAGACAUGACACGAUUAGUUGCUCUCGUACCAUAUUACAUCGACUUAAUUGGGCGAUACAGACUAAGUUCUCAUGCCCGUUCCAAAACUGAAGCUGUUAGAGCAAAGGUUGCCCAAGAAGUACACAGAGAACUCCUGAACCUGAGACAAGAAGCUAUCCAGAGAAACAAAACAGAAAGGAAAGAAAUGGAAACCAAGCUCGGCGGUGAGGCACUUCGCAAGAAAGAAGAGAAAGAGCGUGCUCGGCAACUGAAGAAGGCGAUGCCAAAGGUCAAAAUGCUUCGAUCUCACUAGAACGUCGAGCGCCCUUCUCGCCGUUUGGGGGACGCUCAGCAAAACUGGCCUGCUACCAUUUCUGAAUCCAAACUGGAGUUAUGCAAAUUCAGUAGUGAAACAUUUCUAGUCUUACUCAUCAAAGAGGGCGCGCCGAUGCGUCUUCAAGAUAGUGUUUGACAUGUUCUACUUUUUGUAACUAAUACAUUUCUAUUUAGGCUAAAAUACCAUGGCAAUCCUUGUCCGGCUACAACUUGAAGCAAAUUUUAUCUUUUAAUGUAUUUUUAUGGUUUACAA